AUGGCCAGCUUCAACACGGAUUCUACAAUAAAACUUGCCCAAAAGUUGAAGACAUUGUAUUUAAAGCAAGAGGGAUUCAACAAGAAUUCAUCCAUCGCACCCGCAAUGAUCCGCCUUUAUUUCCACGAUUGUUUUAGCGACAAUGGAUGUGAUGCGUCACUUCUUCUAGAUGGUACUAGCAGCGAGAAAAAGGCGUCGCCAAAUCUAAGUGUGCGAGGAUAUGAAUUGAUCGAUGAUGUGAAAAGUGUGGUCGAAAAAGAAUGUCCUAAUGUCGUUUCUUGUGCUGAUAUCAUAGCUAUGGCGACUAGAGAUCAUGUUACUCUUGCAAGCGGACGAAAAAUAAAAUAUGAGAUACCAACGGGACGACAUGAUGGUUUGGUCUCUUUGGCUUCCACCAUUGAUUUGCCGUCUCCUCGGUUGACCGUCUCCGAUACCGUUGCAAAAUUUGCUAAAGAGAACCUUAGCCUUACCGACAUGGUUCUACUUCUUGGUAUGGGUGGACAUACGAUCGGAGUGACACAUUGUUCAUUCAUUAUGGACCCAGUGCCGGCUCUAAGAGAUGGCCAGUGGGGCCUAUGCUUUGGGCCCGCGCCAAAUUUUUUAAUUUCUUUAAAGGAAAGGGGUCCAUUUUUUUUUAGGUAUAUACGGAAAAGAGUCUAA